GUCCAUAGCGCUGGCCGAGGAGGCUCGCCCCGGAGACGGCCAGCUGGCGCUGGCCUGCGCCGACGAGGUCCACGAGGGAGACGCCCUGGUCCUCGUGGGCGGCCAGGACCCCGUCCAGCACGAGAUCGGUGUCCUCAAGGACGAGGUGCAGAAGGCCGUGCAGGCGGGGGAAGGCGACAGGGUCGUCGCGUUGGGCGAACGGCUGCAGGAGUUGCAGGGCAAGGGGGAGACCACCACCGAUGACACAGAGCAGUUCGAGGUGCGGGACGUGUCCUUCUCGGAGACCGGAGGAAGCCCAGUUGUCAUUGUAUCUUUUUCGGACGCACUAACGUUGUAUUAUCCCGCAGGUUCCAGUGCUGUCGUAUUGCCAUCGGGCGCGUUGGUUAAGACGACGACAACCACUGCGACAACGGAGACUGCCACGACAGUGUCCACUGCGACAGUCACGACCCUGACCACCUCAAGGACAACGACAACGACAGUUUUGCUUGGUGCGACGGGCCGAUCCUCCUCAGACAAUGAGCCGCUCAGCCCUCUGAGGUGGUGCCUGACGGUGACCGGAGUCGUCAUGAUGCUGGUUGCACUGGUCGGCUGGUGCUUCAGCCAGGGCUGCUCCAGGCGAGUCAAGAGACUUUUUGGGUUCAGAAGUCGGAUCAAAGAGAGCAGCCAGGUGUCGACGGCCCUGACGAAGGCGGCCAAGGUGGGGCAGAAAAGGUUGGACGUCCUAUCCACCGAGGGGUUUGCCGAAGGCGACCUCGUCGAGAUUAGCGGCGGUGGAAGAUCCGAGACCGGAACCAUCGCCAGCUUCGGAUCGAUCGUCCUUGCCCGCCCUCUGUCCAGCCACUACCCCGCCGGCUCGGCGAUCACAAGGCAGGCGCCAGCAGUUGUGAUCAUGAUGGCCAGCUGCGGGUCCAGCCAGGAGAACCAGGGCACGGCCCACGUCGAGGGCCCGGGCCAGCCCACGGCGCCGGGGGACUCUCCCUCCGGCAGCCCCAGCAGCGUGUGCACCGGCGCUCUGCUGAGCGCGCUGAGCUCGGGGCGCGAGCAGACCUGGGCCUCGCUCCUAGGCGGGGUGCAGGAGGCCAUGGCAGCUCAGGCCCGCGGCCAGUUCCCGGUGCUGAGCUCCACGCGCCGCCUGGACCUGCUGUCACCCUUCGGCGUGCUGAACCCCGGCGCUCCAGAUGACAACGGGCGCCGCAGGGCGCUGCUGAUCGGCCUCAACUACACAGGAUCGGAGCUCGAGAUGAAGGGCUGCCACGACGAUGUCCGCCUCGUCCAGGAGUACCUCAAGGGGCAGGGCUACGACGACGGCCUGCAGGAGGGAGGAGACGUGCGCAUCAUGCUCGACGACACUGCUUCGGAGGAUCCCACGCGGGCCAACAUGCUCCACGGAUUCCAGUGGCUUGUGGAGGGCGCUCAGCCGGGCGACUCGCUCUUCCUCUGCUUCCGUGGCCAGGGGAGGCAGGUGCAGGACGCCAGCGGCGACGAAGAGGACGGUCUCGACGAGGCCCUCGUGCCUUCGGACUUCGCGGCUGCGGGGCUGCUGUUGGAUGACGAUGUGUUCCGCCAGAUCGUGAAGCCGCUUCCGGCUGGCGUGCAGUUGAUCUGCAUCAUGGACUGCAGCCACAGUGGAAGCAUCCUGGACUUGCCUUUCGAGCUCGUGAUGGACGAACAGGGGGCGCAGAGCAUACGACAAGGGGCGUACACUGUGCACGUCAAACCAGAAGUCGCAGGCCUACAGGACUCCAAUCGCGCCGAUUUGGUCCACCGGGUCUUCGCCAGGUUUGACGAGGACGGCGACAACCGCCUCAAGGAGUCCGAGAUGCACAAGUUCGCGCUGGCGACCGAGCAGGCCGUGCUGCGCGGCCUGGCCGCGCGGCACGGCGAGCACGACGCGGACCCGGCCGAGCCCGGCCCCGCCGCGAGCGGCCCCCCCAGCGACGCGGGCGGCGCGCCCUCGGCGCCCGGCGGGGCGGCGGCCGCGGCGCCCGCCGCCCAGCCCGCGGGCGCCCCGGAGGCCGGCGCUGCCAGCCCGAGCGCCUCCCCGAGCGCCAGCAGCCGCUGCAGCCCGCGGGCGGAGCCGGCGCCGCAGGCGCCGCCCUCCCCGGCGCCGCGCCCGCUGCCGCCCGGGGUCCCGCCGCUGCAGCUGCCGCUGCAGGCGCCGCCCGAGCCGCCCCUCGAGCCGCCGCCCGGGGCGCCGCCUGCGGAGCCGGGCGGCUGGCCGUGCCCCGUCUGCACGUUCAGCGAGAGGGCCCCCAGGCUGACACGGGCGCACUUUUUUGGCCCCGGCGGUGCGGCCACGCGUGCAGCAGCGCGGCGAAGUCGGGCCGAGGUCGGAGGAAGCGUGCGUGCCGACGCAGGCACGCAGAGUCUGCGCGGGCACCUUCCACCGCCCCCCAUGGCGCUCAAGAUAUGCGGCUCUGAGCGGCCGACUGGUGAGUGA